AUGACGUGGAACAAAGUGCAUGGUCCUGCAGCUGUGGAAGAGCUUCAGCGCUGUCUGUCGGCGGUGGCGGCGGGAUCCCGGGCCCGGUGCCGCCGCCGAGCCCCGCCCAAGCCGGGCCCCCUUGAGCGCGGCCGUCCGGCGGCUGCAGUGGCGCGGCGGCGCCUCCGGGUGCCGCUGUUGGCCGCCGCCGAGCGGCGCUGGAGCCGCCGCCGCCGCCGCCGCAGCGUCCUGCCCCCGCAGGCUGCUCGCUCGCCCGGCGCCGGCCGCAGCGGCAGCGGCACCGUGCUGGUGCACAACCCGCUGAACAUUUUCCAAGUUGAGGUGGCGAUCGAGGACGUGAAUGACAACUCCCCGACCUUCAGCAAGGCCGUUUUGGACCUCGAGAUGGGUGAAUGGACGCUUCCCGGUGCUCGGUUUCCCCUGGAGAUGGCCCGAGAUGCGGACGUAGGAAGUAACUCGCUGCUGACUUAUCAGCUUACAGGCAAUCCCUCGUUCUCAUUGUUUAUGCAGGAUAAGCCAGGUGGAAGCAAGCAGCCGGAAUUAGUACUGGAGAGAGGGUUGGACCGUGAGAAGCAGAGCUCCUUUGAGCUGGUGCUAACGGCAGUGGAUGGUGGGGAUCCCGCGAGGUCUGGUACUGUCCAGGUUCGCGUCAACGUGACAGAUGCAAAUGACAACCCGCCCGUGUUCAGCAAACGCCUCUACGAGGCGCGAGUUGCAGAGAAUUUACCAGUGGAGACAGUAGUGCUGCGGGUACGGGCCACGGAUGCUGACGCAGGCUCCAACGGGCGAGUGUCCUACUCCUUUGGGAGCGUCCCGGAUGCCGUCAGGGUGUUGUUCGCUAUCGACAGUGAGACCGGGGAAAUUAGAACAGCGGGUCCCCUCGAUUUCGAGGAGAAGAAUAAAUACAUCUUCAGCGUAGAGGGGAGAGACGGCGGGGGGCUCACCGAUCACUGUGAAGUGCAAAUCGACAUCACAGACGAGAAUGACAACGCACCUGAGAUCACGAUUCUUUCACUGUCGAGCCCAGUGCCUGAGGAUGCUCCGGUCGGCACCGUGGUGGCCCUCCUGAAAGUGCGGGACAGAGACUCGGGCGAGAACGGCCAGGUGUCGUGCGAGCUGUCGGGAGAGGCGCCGCUGUCGAUCGUGGUGUCGUCGGGCGGCUCGUACAAGGUGGUGACGGCGGGCGCGCUGGACCGAGAGCAGGCGUCCGAGCACCGCGUGACGGUGGUGGCCCGGGACCGG